AUGACCAAAUACGACCUCCAAACCCUCCUGGCAGUGAAGCCCAAUGCCCACAUCGGACUGGACAGGUUCAGCGACCAAGCCUUUACAAACAACUUGGUCCGCCCCAAUGUCUUGUCUGAACAGUCCGUUAACCGGCCGAGGAACGUGUCAGGUCAUUCGCGUCGUACCCCAAUGGCAGGUUUGGCCAUGAACACGCAGAAUAACCCUCGACAGCCGAGUCAGUCCUCUCUGCCAUCCAACUCCCAGUUUGAUGAUGCCUUUGUGCGAUUCGUCGAGCAGCACACGUCACCCAAGCCACAACGUGUCACUGCCGGUGGACGUAUUGUGCCUAUGAAUCCAUGGGAUUCUCCUCCAAAAUGGAGCUUACCCAUGAGUUCGAAGGGUGCAAGUGCUGCGAACAGCGAGACGUCAAAGACUGUUCCCACGGCUGCAAGGAGCGAGCCUAAAUCGAGAUCCGAAAACAGUGCAAAACAAGAGAUCAAUUUCUCUGAGGGCAAGGCUGUCAAGACGGCCCCAUUGCCUGCAGAAGCGGCGAAUGCUCCAUGCUUCCAGCCCCUUGCAAACAGUCCUAGCCCUUUCCCGUAUGCCAGAACGCCCAUGGCCCGUCAACAGAUCCAGGGAUCCGGUCUACCUACAUACCCUUCUUUCGGAAUUGGUGGAGAUAAUUUCCUGGGCACCAACCCGUCCACAGCGAUGGGCCAGGUCCCCACGUUCCCCUUCCAGCCACAUGCGUCUCCCGCAGCGACUCCUAGCUUCUCAGGCUGGAAUAGCAUAAGUACGGCAACUGCUAGCACGCUUGGGCCGUACCAGGCGGGUUACUUGGCUGGGCCUCCGAGCAUCGGUACUCAGUGGCCUCAGAUCUCGCAGAUGUCUCCGAUGCCCCAGGUCCCUCAAGUACAUCAAACUCCUCAGCUACCCCAGUUACCCACAUUGCCCCAGUUGCCUCCGCUGCCUCCACUAUCCCAGAUACCUCAAGCCUCUCCGGCCAUUAGCAACCAGGGGCCUGCAGUCAAUCAGCAGUUUGUUCCUUCGUACUUCCAAGAGGCUAUCUAUCAGAAGUCUCUGGAUGACGCUACAAAGCAAUAUGAAGCGCUCUCCGCACAACUUUCCCAGAUCGACAGAUUCACAGCGAUGCAUACUUGGGUCAUAGAGCCAGAAACAAAGAAGCUUCUGGUUGAACAACGCAAGAGUUUGGUUCGAGAACUAGACACUGUGAGACUUUACAAGGAACACUUGCAAGUGCUUUUCGGGAAGCCCUUGAUGAGUGCCACACCGGUACCCCAGAGAGAUAUUGCGGUUCCAGUGACGCCUUCGCAAAAUGGAGCCUGGGAAACACCAACCAAGUCUAAGUCCAAGUCUCUAUCACCGACCGUCCGAAACCUCUACCGUACUAUCGAAGAGACUGACCAACGCGGAGAGCCUAUCGACGGGCUUCUUCGCGCCCUAUCAGGCGCGUCCAAAGGUCUAGCGAAGAGACUGAGCGAAGAACGCAAGAAAACACUUCGGGUUCCUACCAAGGACGUCGCAAGGGAGGUGCUCAACAACACCUUCGCCAGGGUGAACGAAGAGCCCCUACAGGAAGCACCCGCGAAAGCUGAGUAUGCCCAGCCCGUGCAGGUGUCGAGGAGGCUUUGGCAGUCCGAACCCCAUCCCCAUUCUCCACUCUUAUCGCAGUGCUUUAACAAUAAUUGGAGUCCAGUCUUGCAGAAGUCUGCUGCUCCGGCGGUCUCUCAAAAUGUCACUGCCCACGCUUUCCUUCCCUCGUUUGAUGGUGCUGGAAGGACAUCCGACGAUUUCGAAUUAGUAUGA